UCAUUCAUCUUCUUCUCAUCUUCUCUCCCUUUGCUUCUCUCCAUGAAGCUAUAAAAGUAUCUACAGAAAGCCAGUUCACAUUGGAUAAGUAACGUUGAAAAUGAAAUUUUGUUUUCGCUUUUUUUCUGUUUCAUUUGUUUUCUGGAGUUUUGUUUCUUUUUCUUGUUGCAUGAGCUUUCAAGUUCAAAACAAUUGAACAAAUUAGUAUUACGUUGAAAUGUUGAAAACCUGAGUCUUUGAUGAGAAUCAAGUUGUGUUCAAUCAUCAUCAUCAUCAUCAACAACAACAAUCAUCAGCAUUGUCAUCAUUGCAAUCGAAAAGUAAAAGUAAGGUAAAACCAGCCAAGAGUGAGUAAAGAGGAAACUUUGUAAUAAAUCCAGAAGAGAGUUGAGGGAAACAAGUGCGAAACAAGUGAAGAGAAGAGAGAAAGAUAAUGAUUAGUGAAUAAUGUAAUUCGUUGAGAACGUCAUUUUCGUCACGUUGUCCAGUCUUGAUGUGAACUAAUGAAGGUUGACCAUCAACUAGAAGAAAAAGAAAUGUUUUAAAGUCUGUGUUUUUACCUGAAAAAAAGAGGUUUUCCCAAUGUUUCUCCAAACUCCAAAAUUGUUUACUGUCACAAUCAUGUGAAAUGAGGUAAAACUGUUUACCUUCUUAAACGCCUUUCCGUUUCACCAUUGAUUUGUAUUCAAUUUCAACUCUAAUGUCGUCCAACCCAAGUUAUGGAUCAAAGGCGCACACAAAUGAAAAUGAAUGUGAACCUAAAAAAGGAUAUCAAUGUGCAAGGGAAGAGACUGACAGUGAGACGUGUGAAACCGGUGAACCAGGUUCACUGGAACAAGAGUCUGACUUACGGCGACACCAUUUGGAUACUCAGUCAUCAUCAUCUUCCUUCACCGACAGUCAAUCGCCCAACUUUUACUCGGCCGAUGCUUCGAUGCCAACAAACAGUAAAGAGGUAAACCUAGAUGAAAGUGAAAACGUCUUCACCUUUAAACAGUCUUCACCCAAUUUAACCAACAAAUCAUCCAAAUCAGUUUGCUUCCAUAGCAUCACAGCCAACCCAGGCGGCGAUCGUAAAAUUGCCUCUCCCUUGGAUUGUCUUCAGAUGAUGAUGAAUGGUGUAACCCUGGUUAAAAUCAAAGCCAAUACACGUCAAUAUAGACGCUUCUUUACUCUAACCGAAGAUCUUACAGCAAUUCGUUGGGUGCCUUCAUCGAAAAAAUCAUCAAAAGCUAAAUAUUGUAUAAAGGAUAUAAAAGAGGUUCGAUCUGGAAAAAAUACUGAAGCUCUUCGAAAUCGUGAUAUUAAUUUAAAUUCAUCUGAAGAGUGUGUCUUCUCAAUCAGCAUUGGCGAUGAUUUCGAUACACUUGAUCUGAUUGCUCCAUCACCUGAGGAUGCCAACAUUUGGGUUACUGGCCUUAACUUUCUUAUCGGUGCCAAUAAAUCGUCCGGUCAAAAGAUGCGUCAAAAGUGGUUGGAAGAAGCGUUUAAUCAAGCCGACAUCGAGUCUCGAGGAGUGCUAGAUGAACCUCAAACAAUAAGCUUAAUGAAACGUUUAAACAAUCAUUUAUGUUUGGGUCGAUUAAAGCAAAAACUCCUCGAAUACAACCUAGGAAAAGAAGGCGACGAAAAGGGAUUUUUCAAUAAACACGCUUUCGUCAACUUAUUUUACGAAACAGCAACCCGUCCUGACAUUUACUUCAUCCUUGUGAGAUAUUGUGGCAAAGAUUACAUGACUUUGGAGGAUUUACAGCUUUUCUUGGAGGGUGAACAAGGAGUUUGUGGGAUAACUUUGGACGAAUGUGAACAAUUAAUUGAAAGAUAUGAACCCUGUGAAGAUUCGAGGAGAAACAAGCAACUGUUGAUUGAUGGUUUUACCCAGCUUCUGGUUUCACCUGAAUCAGAUUUAAUUAAUCCAGCUCAUAAUUUAAUCUGGCAAGACAUGUCUCAACCUUUAUCACAUUAUUUCAUAGCAACAUCUCAUAAUACAUACCUUUUGGAAGAUCAAUUGAAAGGUCCAUCUUCAACUGAAGGUUAUCGCAAGACUCUUCUCCAAGGUGCUCGAUGCGUCAAGAUCGAUACAUGGGAUUCGCCAUCAGGUCCAGUUGUCUUUCAUGGAAACACUUUAACAACUAAAGUUCCCCUUCAAGAUAUUCUUGAAACCAUCAAUGAAUAUGCCUUUGUCCAAUCACCAUAUCCAGUUGUACUUCAUCUUGAGAAUCAUUGUAGUCUAGAGAAACAAAAGGAAAUUUCGAAUCAAUUAAUUACAAUAUUUGCUGAUAAGUUAUUCAUUCCUGGUAAAACAAUUGUUCAUCCUGUUCACAAUAACAAUAAUUCAUCGUCUUCACCAAAUCAAGAUCAAUCAUCGUCAUCAUCAUUUUGCUCAUCCAUUAAACAAACCAUGCAAUCAACGGUAGUCUCAUCGUGUGAAGAAAGUAUUAAUGAUAAUCAAAGUUAUCAUUCAAAAUCAUCAACAACGACAAGUCCAACAGUAAAGUCAAACCGGUCAACCUUAUUAUCACCAGAAGCUCUUAAAUAUAAAAUAAUCAUCAAGGGUAAAAAGUUGUCUCCUUCAGAUGAUGAGGUUGGUGAAGUAAGUGAUGAGGAUGAAGCAAUGGAAACACGUUUCUCAUCAACAAAUAAUAAUAGUAGUAAUAACAAUAACCAUAAUAAUAAUCACAAGAUACCAUUAUGUAAAGAGCUUUCUGAUCUUAUCUACUUAAAGAGAUUUCGCUGCAACGAUUUUGGUUAUGUUUUAAAAAAUCAAAAGUUGGAUCAAGUGUGUUACCUUGAUGAAGCCUUUGCAUCCAAAUUAGCAUUAGCCUCACCUGAAGAUUUUGCUCACCAUAAUAAAAAUUAUUUAACACAAGUGGCUCCAGAUCGAGGAAGAAUUGAUUCAUCCAACAUUAAUCCACUUGAUUUUUGGAACUGCGGAUCACAAAUGGUUGCUAUGAAUUACCAGUCAUCGGGACAAAUGAUGGACUUGUAUAGAGGUUGGUUCAAUCAGAAUGGUAGUUCGGGUUAUGUCUUGAAGCCAGCUUUUCUUCGGGAAAGAUUUUGCCUUUUUAAUGCUCGACGAAAAGAUUCCCUUCCAGGCAUUGAUCCUCUCUGUUUACGGGUUAAAAUUAUAUCAGGUCAACAGCUUCCCCGACCUAAAGGGGCUUCCUUCAAAGCUGUAGCUAUUGAUCCUUAUGUAACAGUCCAGAUUCUUGGGGUUCCUGCUGACAAUGCUGAAACGAGAACACGAACCAUAUCAAAUGAGGCCAAUAAUCCGAUAUUUGAUGAAUCCUUUGAAUUUACCAUUUCAGUUCCCGAACUUGCUCUACUUCGUUUAGUUGUUCUCGACGAUGAUUACAUAAAUGAUGAUUUUAUUGGCCAAGCAACCAUUCCCAUCGAGUGUGUUCAACCAGGUUACCGUCAUGUUCGUUUAACUGCCUUCAACGGUGAAUUGAUUCCAGAAGCUGUCCUCUUUGUUCACCUAUCAAUGACACAUAGAUAUGGUUCAAAGCAAAAGUUAAGACGGAAACGUUCAUGGGGAAGUAAACAGUCAAAUGAUUUACGUACCAUUGGUAUUAAACAGCCAGACGAGGCAUUCAAAAAUGUAUCCAAUCUUCUUUAUCAAUCAACUCAAUUGAGAAAAGAUGUUGAAAAGUCAAUGAUUGAUUUGUGUGAUGAAUGUAAUCUCAAUGAGAAUGCAAAUGUAGCUCAAUGUCUACGAAUUUUGACACUUCGCCUCGCCUCAUGUUCCUCAGUAACUAGCUUCAAUAUCAAUACUUCAGAUGAUGGUAUACCAAUCAUCAAAAUUGGAGGUGAAAUGACCAUGAAAUUACAAAAAUCCAUUUCAGCCUUGGAUAAAGCUCUGGCUGAGUUUACUUCCAUUCCACAAAAUGCUUCACUUCUUCUUGACAUGCUUGGUGAACAACAUGAUGUUAUAGUUCGACUUGGACUUGAGCUCAACCAAUUGAGCAUUUCGGCUGGUAUCAAAGGAAGAAAAGCAGACAAAGCGGUUGAAAAUUUCAUGUGGAACUUGAGUCUUAUUAAAACUGAGAUUGACAUUUUACGAGCUGUUAAAGAUGAUUCGGAAUGCGCUUUAAAACAGGUAACUCGCUUGAGUUCAGCUUUGCAACGAGUAUUUGCUCGGGAAAGAGAGGCGGCAAACAGGAUAAAUCAACAUCAACAAAUAUUGGCUUCUUCAGUUGCUCAAUCAACAACCCAAACAACAACAAUAACUACGACAACAUUGGACAUGAAACCACCAGGACCACCGGUAACACCAACCUCACCCGGAGAUGCUCGUCUUCGCAGUAUCCUUAAGAAACCAAGUUCAUCACCUACAACUCCAAUCCCACCCAAUUUAGAUCCUCUUGAUGAGAGGUAUGCUUAUUUCCAAGUUGGUGAUAAAUCACCUCCACCAGUCACCAUCACAACUGCCGAGGAGUCUAGUAGUUGAUUUUUCAUUUUCACCCAAUAUUUUGUCUCAUUUCAUUCUGACUGUGUUUCAAUUCAUUCCCAUUAUUUUAUUUAACUUGUUCACUUCAACCACCAUCAUCAUCGAUCCAUUCAACAUUAAGAUGAACCUUUUUUUCCUCAUAUUUUUCAUUACAUAUAAUUCUGACCGUUUUUUCGCCUAAAAUCAAUCAUAAAUUGAAUUAUAUUAAUAUUAUUAAUAAUUAUAUUGUUAUUGUUGACAAAGAAAAUUUUGUAGUUAAUUCUAUCUGACAAAGCGUUCCUAUUCAAAGAUGAUUGAUUAUGAUUCUCUGUUGCUUUUUUCUUUGACCUUUUUGCCUGGCCAAAUAAAAAGAUGUUUUAAACGUUUUAUUUAAACUGAAACAACCAAUAAAAGAAUGAAACAUUUUGACCAAAUUAUAUUGAUUAAUAAAUACAUUUUAU